UCUCAACCGCCGCAACAGCCACUUUCCGAUCGAUGUGUUCGCUUCACCUCCGUCUCUCCAAGGUCACAUCCCUCGCGCUCCCUUCGGAGUCCGACCCUAAAGUUGACAAGGAAUUAGAAGAGAAGAGUGGUGGUGUCAUUCACGCUGUUGUUUCAUAUCUCAGAAAAGUGUUGGUUUUCACUCUCAGCUACAUUUUGGCGCCCUUGAUCGACCCUAUCAAUCUCCGUUUCUAUUUGAAUCCCAAUGGCAAUCUCUAUUCUCAAUGGGAAGCCAGAUUACUUUUCCAUAGCUGGUGCAAGGAAUAUAGCAAAACAUACCCUACAAAAGAUGAGAAACUCUACAGGUUCGACAUCUUCAACCAAACUCUUGAACGGACCACCCGCCGCACCCUGACCACGUCAAAUUCCUCAUCCGGCACCAACGGUUUCGCUGAUCGAACCGCUGAAGAAUUGGAUUACCUUUUACCUUCAGGCGGUUAUGCCGAUUCUUCUGAUAGUGAUUAAGAAUUCUAUCUGUUAAUACAUAUCAGAAACUUUUUAAAAGGCUGCGCAAAAGAAACCUGGCUUUACCUUGAUGAAAUGGAUUGCCUUUGAUCACGUUUGGGUUUAUUGUUAGUAGUUCUU